GCAGUUUUGCCCACCCAGUCCGUGAAGCGGCGAACACAUGCUGCAUGGGGAGGUGGGAACCAACAACGCGAUCAUCGGGAUGGUGGUGCUUUGAAAUAAAAACGUAAAAAUAUUCUGAUUUUUCUCCGACGGAUUAAAUUUUAAUUCCUGGUGUUAUUCCUCGGAUGUUGAAAUGAAUAAGUUCGUGUGCUUACACUGAUAUACAACUUGUAUUACAUAAAAUGAUGUAUGAUGCACGUUGUUUAAAACAAGCCGCGAUAAGUUGAAUUGUCCAUAGGACCAGGAACAUAGAAAAAUAAACUUCCAUUAUUUCGUUGUUGUGACUUGUUUUCAAGGACUCUCGUUUUUAAAUCUGAAAAGGGAAGAAAAAAAAAGGAAAGAGGAUUUAAAAAGACAACAUUGUUCUACGACUCUGAGUCUGCACCACCGAUUCUCAAAGUGUUGUAAGCGUACCUUUGAGCUGUACAUGACAUUGUAACAAAAAGUCAUGAGUGAUGCAUCGAAAAGUCUAGUAGAUAUACGUGUAGAUAUUUUUAUAGAUAAUAUGUAUGGAUAUAUUUAUAGAUAUAAUUAUAUUAAUAUUUAUAGAUAUAAUUAUAUAUAAAUUUUAUAGAUAUAUUUAUAUAUAAUAUUUGUAGAUAUAUUUAAAGAUAAUAUUUAUAGAUUUAUUAAUAGAUAUCCAGUCUGGAAAGGAAAUGCGGUGCAGUGGUUCACACAUUUUUUUAACAGUAGCUUUUGCCAUUCAUGAACACUGACAGAUUUAUUUGAUGGGCCGUCAUCUGCCGCCCAUAAUCUCUGGACUUGCAACAUACGGUGUUGUUGUUGCUGUUGUUUUUGUUUUUAACCCAAAAUUUUAAUUCAGGGCCGGCACACGUGGGCCACAAAGUCACGUGAUGCGAGGAGUUUGUAACAUGGCCUUGCAAUGACUCUCGUCAAGUUCACAGUGGUGCUAGCGUUGCUUUCAAUCAGGACCGAAGCAGCAGGUGAAUCUUUAAUUUGUUUUAUUUUAUUUUUUUUAAAUGUUUGUCCCGUGUAUUGAACUGAUCGCAUUCAAUCGAAGAAGCUGAAUUCUGAUUGCCGUCUUUCGUAUCCAUUUAAUGGGCUUUGCCUCUGUGGGCAACUGUCGCAUCCGAAACCAACAUGGGCACGUAUUUAAUGAUACGAAGUUUCCCCUGACUCCACCGUCGUCCAAUCCAUCUGGAUCGCUUCAAUAAUCUGGAUUACUUCCAAAAUCUGGAUUACCUCUCCAUUAUCUGGACCAGGGGUCUCCAAACUGCGGCCGGUGGAGACCUUUUUGUCUAUGGAAAAAAAUUACGGAAAGGUACGUGUAUCCUGCCAAGAUCAGACGCAACUUACAUGGACGUUAUGUCUUUAUUGAAUUAAAAUUGAGGCGUGCAAUAAUUCGUUAUGUUUUCUAACCAAUCAUUACUUUGCAAAACCUUAUUCGCUGCUUAGUUUUUCUACUUAUGUUUACAGUCAAUGAGAUAAUAUAACGCCAUCUAGUGGCGGAGCUUUGCCCGCCAUGUUGCAGACAUGGGUGAAAACAUUGUGACUCAAAUAGUGAAAAAUGCAAGCAAAUUUUGCCAAUUUUUAAUUGCAAUGGAUGAAUCGCUGGACAGCUGUUCCACCUCUCAACUGCUUGUGUUCGUUAGGGGUGUAUGGAUGAAGUCAUAAACAUAACACAAGAGCUGGCUUCCUAAAUAGCACGUACGAAACUGUUACCGAUGAGUUGAAAAAAAUAUAACUGAUUAUAAUUUGGACUGGACUAACCUCAGUUGCCUGACUGUUGACGGAGGAAAUAACAUCAGUGGCAUAAAGAAAGGUUUGGUUGGACACGUGAAGCAGAUGUGUAAUGAGAAAAAAAAACUAUGCAACCAAUGCUCCUCCACUGUAUUAUUGACCAGAAAGCUUUGUAUGAUAAAUAUGUGGACAUUAGCAGUGUACUGAAACCUGUGGUGAAGAGGGUUAAUUUAAUAAGGUCACAUGGGUUCAACCAUAGACAGAUAAGAGACCUGUUGAAAGAUACAAACACAGAAUCGAAAACUUACCAUAUUACACAACAAUAAGAUGGCUAAGUUGUGAGAAAGUUCCGAGCAGAGUAUUUAAGUUAAGAAAGGAAAUAGGUGACUUCCUGGAAAGUAAAGAGAAGCCACAGCCAUUAGUGUCUGAUGAAGAGAGGGUAUGGAAAUUGGUCUUUGCUGCAGAGAUAACUACUAAUUUAAAUUUUCUGAACCUAAAACUACAACGAAAGGAAAAUAUAGUUUCUGAUCUAUACACCCACCUAAAGGCCUUCAGAUCCAAAUUCGUUUUGUUUUUUUGGAACAAGUACAGGCCAACAACUUGACGCAUUUUCAGCAGUGGGCGGUCUUCAUGGCUGAAACAACAGCGGAGUUCCACACGUCAUUUGUAUGCGAGAUCAUCAAAGACCCCCAGCUGCAUUUGUUCAGCAGCGUUUUUCUGACUUGGAUUUAAAGGCAGAAGAAGUGAGACUUUUUCAAAACUCAUUUGAAGCAGAUGUGGUCAGUCGCCCAGAUGAACUGGACCUGGAUGUCAUUGAGUUGCAAGCAAAUGACCUCCUUAGGGACAAGUUCAAAGAAGGACUGGUGGGUUUUUACCAGUUUUUGUCCAAGGAAGACUUUUCUAAUUUUAAAACUUUUGCAUCCAGGUACCUUACAAUCUUUGGAACAACAUAGCUGUGUAAACAAACAUUUUCAAGACCGAAAUACGUGGAGAACAAUUUGAGAACAAAUUUGUCUGAUGAUAAUCUCAGGUCAAUGUUGAUGCUAGGGACAUAAAAUCUAAAUCCAGAAAUGUCUGCUAAGCAUUUUGGUAUACAGGAAAAAAUUGUACCAUUCCCACUAAUACAGGUGUUCAUGUGUCGUGUAUCAAUGUGUUGUUAAGUAAUAACUGAAUGAAAUAAUAAUACAUAAAUAAUUAAAAACAACAUCCAUGUUUUGAUUCUUUUUUAUUUGGACCUCGAGUGUGUAGUCGGCCCCCGAACCUCGAGUGCGUAGUCGGCCCCCGAAAUGCUUCUUGAUAGUUAAUGCGGCCCUCGGGCUGAAAAGUUUGGAGACCCCCGAUCUUGACUACUUCCAUAAUCCGGACUACUUCCAUUAGCUGGAUUACUACUAUAAUCUUGACUACUUCCAUAAUCUGGAUUACUUUCAUAAUCUGGAUUACUUCCAUACUCUGGACUACUUCCAUAAACUGGAUUACUUACAUAAUGUUUAUUACUUCCAUAAUCUGGAUAGCUUCCAAGAUCACGAUUUUAUUUACUACCUAGUUUAUUUGGUGCUGAUACAGGUGGACCCCAAUACGACGCUAGGGUUAUCCCGAUAACACGACAAUGAGAACCCUUUCAGUUUGAUCGCCUUAAGAUAUUGAAGUAAAGCCAAGAAUGUUGAUUUUUUUCUCCCUAAGGCAGGAGCAUCCAAUAGGAUCAAAAGAAAAUGAAGAUCAUUUUAUUUAAAAUUAAUUUUAACCACAUGUAUGGAUUCUUGGUGGUUAAUACUUAGCACCAGUGAUUAAAUUAUACAUUUUAUGCAAAUUAGGUAACCAAUAUGGCUGACAUGAUACUUUUAAAAAAAAGACAUUUUUUCAACACUCUUAGAUUGAUUUUUAGCCUUCAUUUUUUAGCAUAAUUGUUCAUAACUGAGAUGUGGAUGGCGUGAAGUAUCAUUAUUCGAUCCUAUUAAUUUUGUGGCAUUUCUUUUUAAAUUGAGUACCGUACCCCAAAAAUGCAAUAAGUUGCGAUAAUAAAUAAUCUACAAAAGUACAACUACAACAUUUAUCUUUAGCGUACUGCAUUUAUUUCACGCCAGACUUGAUAAUCGGGAAUAUCCAAAGCAAGUUUCAUGCCAAUUAAAACAACAAGUCAUCAUAAAUAAAACGACGUCACUUAAACGAAAAUAAAGUUUUCCGAAAAACUUCAAAAUUUCCUUAUUUGAAGGCGGCUGAUGUCCUCCAGGGGCGUACAUAUCCCUAUCUCUUGCUUUUGUGUGGGGUAUAAAAACCCUGUUGUGACAGCUCUCGGAUUUUUUUUUUCCUUUGUUGAUUUGUAGGCUUUUACCCCGGUCGAGUUUAAGCGAUCUUUGGCCCUUGCCUUAAAUUAUUUCUCGGUGCCUACUUCAACACAAUCAUUAAAAUAUGCCACUGCUUGCUCCAACACAAUCAUUAAAAUAUGCCACUGCUUCCUCCUACAAAUCAUUAAAAUAUGCCACUGCUCAUCCAACACAAUCAUUAAAAUAUGCCACUACUUCCUCCUAUACAAUCAUUAAAAUAUGCCACUGCCUGCUCCAACACAAUCAUUAAAAUAUGCCACUGCUCAUCCAACACAAUCAUUAAAAUAUGCCCCUGCUUCCUCCUACACAAUCAUUAAAAUAUGCCACUACUUCCUACUACACAAUCAUUAAAAUAUGCCACUGCUCAUCCAACACAAUCAUUAAAAUAUGCCCCUGCUUCCUCCUACACAAUCAUUAAAAUAUGCCACUACUUCCUACUACACAAUCAUUAAAAUAUGCCACUGCUCAUCCAACACAAUCAUUAAAAUAUGCCCCUGCUUCCUCCUACACAAUCAUUAAAAUAUGCCCCUGCCUGCUCCAAUACAAUCAUUAAUUUUAAAAUAUGCCACUGCCUGCUCCAACACAAUCAUUAAAAUAUGCAACUACUUCCUCCUACACAAUCAUUAAAAUAUGCCACUGCUUCCUCCUUUAAAAUCAUUAAAAUAUGCCACUGCUUCCUCCUUUAAAAUCAUUAAAAUAUGCCACUGCUUCCUCCUUUAAAAUCAUUAAAAUAUGCCACUGCUUCCUCCUUUAAAAUCAUUAAAAUAUGCCACUGCUUCCUCCUUUAAAAUCAUUAAAAUAUGAAACCACUUCUUCAAAAGUUCCAUUUUUAUUACGUAAUACUUUUUUAUGGGUGGUAAAUGUAUUCCAAUGUUCCAGGGUGCUAUGAGUUUUUCCGCUGACUAAUUUAUCAUCAUUCAACAUAUCCUUUAAAAAAAAAAAAAACAGACUAGGCACGAUGAAGCGAAUGACUGAUUCAGGAAGAGAAUUAUUUUAUUUUUUCAUGAUUAGAUUAUUACUCAUACAGGCAGCAUAUGUUGUUUGAGCAGAAAUAAUGACUGAGUGACUAUCUUAUUACUCAUCCAUGCAGCAUACGUUGUUUGAGCAGAAAUAAUGACUGAGUGACUCUCUUAUUUUGGUUGAUAUUAAAUAUCGAGAAUUUUUUAUAUUUUAAUUUUUUUUUUUUUUUAACAAAACGAGUCAUUGAAAAAGUUGGAUUAUUCAUGAUUUUAUGCCACGAAACUUACGUUUUAUCAGUUUACAAGCAUUAGUUUUGUUUCACGUGUUCUUAAGGAGCUAAAAUUCACCGGAUUAAGCCUUCUUACUUAUUCAGAUAUCAAUCUUUCGAAAAAGUUAACGUGACCUGAGUCAACGUGACCUGAAUGAAGAAAUUUUUUUUAAAAAAUUGUGUGUAAAUUAGAAACAUUUUAGAGUGAUCUCCCCCAGUGAUGGAUGCACUAGCUUCCUGUAGAUUUUAGAUAAAAAUUAUUUUGCGUUUUCUGUAAAGUCAAAUAUUAUAUAAUUUUUAUUUUAGCAUUAUAAUAACCAACCAAGCACCAUCAGUGCCUGCUGUGCAAAAUUGAAAAUGCGCAGUGUAUGAAAAAAUGAAAAAAAGAUAUUUCAUAGAAAUGUAUUAUAUCAUAAGUGACAUAAAAAAAAUAACAGCCCCCAUUCUUCUGGGAUACUACAUAUUUUAAAUGUUUAAUUUGUUUUUACUUUUGUUUGUUCGGUGAGGAAGGCCUCUUGCCGAAACUGUGUUUUUUUUUUUUUUCUUUUUUUUUUUUCCAGAUUUUCUAUUACUUUUUUCACUUUUUUCCUUUAAUUGAUUUAGUUGUCAGUUGCAAUGGGUUUAUAAUUUUGCACUUACCUAAGAAUGUCAAAUUUCACCAUUUUAAUUUGUUUUUACUUUUGUUUGUUCGGUGAGGAAGGCCUCUUGCCGAAACUGUGUUUUUUUUUUUUUUCUUUUUUUUUUCUUCCAGAUUUUCUAUUACUUGUUUCACUUAUUUCCUUAAAUUGAUCUAGUUGUCAGAUGCAAUGGGUUUACAAUUAUGCACUUACCUAAGAAUGUCAAAUUUCACCAUUUUCUGACAAAAAAUUUUGUUGGCUUCCACCUUAAAUAGUUUUUCUCCCUGAAAAUAGCGGGCAAAUGAUGUGUGCGUGUCAUACGCCGAUAUAAUUUAAGAUUUUUUUCCUGAAAUUUCCUUCUGAAAAUAAGGUGCGUCUUAUAUGCCGGUGCGUGUUAUUCGACGAUAAAUACGGUAUAUAAAAUUCGAUAAUGGUUUCAAUUUAGAUGGCAUCUUCACCAUCAUAUAUGUUUUCUUCUAUAUUUGUAAUAAAUAUAAAUUUUAAAAAAUGUAAAAUUCAUAAUUUGCACAUAGAUUUUUUUUUAAACUAAUAAUUUGAAUAAAUAUUUUUUUUAAAACUAGAUCUAAUAAUUUGCAUAAAGGUAAAAAAAAAAUAAACUAAUAAUUUUUAUAAAAGAUAUAAGAGUCAAAAUUGCUUUUGGUUGAUAAAAGCUCGAAACUUCGGCGCUGCCAUGUAUAGCAGUGAAAAAUCGCUACUUGUUUUUGUUCAGUGACGUCAAGCCGAGCACCAGCUACCAGUUUGGCAGACCGCAGUCACGAGCUCCUGGCCAAAACCCUGGCUUCGCAUCCGGCGCCUUACGGCUACAGAUCCGGGGAUCCCAAGAUCUCCAACUCUUGUCACCAUAUCAGGACGGUCCCCAUCAGCCUGAGGUGGGGGUGGGUGAUGAAACCGUCGGGGCUCUCCAAUUACUACCAGAAAUACACCGAGACUUAUGGGAUACCAGUUGUAGGUAGAGAUAAUCGUUGUUUGGGUUGAAUGUGUUAUUUAUUUGGAAUACUGUUAAUCCUUUGUUUACGUACACUCGUUAUUUCUCCAUUACAGGGUACUAUUUCAACUUAUCACAGUGAAUGCAUUAGAUAUUUUAUUAUUGCUUUCCGCUCUAUACAAUAUAUUUAAAAUAUUCAUAAUCAAAUAAGUCUUUACAUUCACAAGUCGCAACGUGAUCUACUCCAUCCAUUGUAAAGAGUCGAAUGCGUAGCGAAGACUUGGAGAACUCGUUAGAGAACAACCGCGCAUUACAUGAAACAAGACCUGUCGGCCCGUUUCUCGACAUACCACUAGUGCUAACCAUAAUGAAAUUUUAAACAUUGCAUUUACCAGUAUAUUGUAUGCGAGCGAGUAAUUCAUCUGAUCGAAUAUAGAUGGACAAUAAAUUAAUUUUUUCAAAUUUGAUAUGCUGACUCCUUACGGUAUGAACCAAAAUCACAAUUUUUACAUAGCUGCAAAGUCUUUUUCCUAUUUUUUUUUUUAAAAAUUGGACUUCCACCCACUUUCUUUCUUUUCGUCUGCUCGUUAUUAUUGCCAGGGACUUGUGUCCAUUCUUAUUCUUUUCGUUUCUUUCCUUUUUAAGUAAGGUAAAUAUAUAUAAUAUAACAUAAUACAAUAUGUAAAGACACAUCUAUUUCGCACAAAAAUCUAAAUAAUGUAAAGGAUUUUAAAAAAUGAACAAACAUUGAUAGGAUUGACUCUGAAUCAGUAUUUUUAUUGGAUUCCCCAGGAAGCCAGAACGUGAGCGAUGGCGCCCUGAGCAGGGCGUGCUACGUGUUGCGGGUGCUGUUGGCCGACCACUCCGCCAUUCGCCAGUCUUUCUACAAACUGUUCGGCCGGGUCGCGGUGAUCGGGUCGGGGGAGCGCGUCACCGCCGUGCCGGAGUACAGGUUUCUGCCGGACCACUGGAACGAGAGGUCGCGUGGUCUGGGCGCCACGGAGUCCGUGCCCGUGUCAUCGGGGGCGGAAGAAAAUCUCUUAUGUUAUCGGUAAGUGGGGUGAUGACAGUGUGGGUUCUGGAAUUCACGCCAAUGACAAAAAUGUCUGGAGGAAACACACACAGACACACACACUCACACACACACACACUCACUCACACACUUACAUAUACAAACUCUCCCGACCGACCCUCCAAAAAAUAAUUAAUUAAAAUUUUUAAAAAACCCAACACCAAAAAACAUACCGACACACACCUACACACGGCCUCCCUACCCACACACACAAACACACACACAACUGCCACAAGCCUUGUUAGAAUUGUUUGGAUGGUAGCAAAAAUCGAGCUGCUGGUGUUGACAGAGCUCAAUCAUUUUGACUGCAGGACUACCCACGCGUGAAAAACAAUUUAAUGGUAUAAAUUAGCAUUACGCGACAUUUAAUAACUGAUACAGAUCGCUAGAUCAAUUUUAAAACACAAAUUUCAAUAAAAUGUCCGUGCUUGAAACCAUAAAAGAACAGUUUCCCUGUUCAAAGAUUUAUAAAAAUUCGGCACUCUUAAACUUUAACACAAAAAAAAAUACAUUAUUAUUUUAAAAUUUAUAAAAAUUAAAGUCUAAAAGUGUUAUUAAAACAUCGAACAUAACAUAUUGGGUGAAAGCGAUUAAUUUCUUUUAAAAGAAAAUGAAUAUUAUUUUAAAAAUCUCCCUUUGAUAGUUUAUUGCGUGCAAAGUAAUUAACUCUCUAGCCUGCUGUUCUAUCCCAUUCCUCUUGCCGUCCUACUCUCGGAUUAGUGCUACAUGGCAGCUAAGAGUUAAUUAUUCCUUUGUUUUAAAUAUUGCUUCACUGUAGUUUGUUCGCAGAAGAAGGCUUCUUGUCGACACGUUCGUUGUUUUUUUGUUUGUUUGUUGAUGUUUUUUUUUUAACUUUUAUUUUUUUUUAAUUUAAAGGUUUUCCCAUACUUUGUUUCGUAUAUUUCCAAAUACUUUAUUGAGCUUCACUUCAUCAUAACAGAAACAGUAAAACAUGAUUAUGGGAAAGCUUAAAAGAAAAAAAAACACACACAAAAGAACAACAACAGAACAAUCGAUUGAACGUUUCGGCUGGAAGCCGUCGUCGUUAGACAACACAACAUUGCAUCAAACCACCCCAAUAACCUUCACACGUGACGGCUCGAACGCAGUCUCUCAUGUAUCAUCUCAAUCGUAGCAUGAGUUCUCAGUCUGAAUGACUGCAUCCGUUAUCAUGGCAGAAGUUUACUCAUAAGGUUACGCCUAGGUUGACGCGUAAAGUUACACAUAAGGUGUCAUUUUGUGGACAAAGAAUGACAGCAACUAGCCCCAUUGCGUGUUUCUCAUUCACCAAUCCAUUCAUCUAUCAAACCUUAUUGUUUUGUUCCUGGUAUUUUAAUUUUUUUUAAUGAUGACAACUUUCGAUAAAUUAGGAACGGCAGUGACCGCUACGCCAAAGAGGACAUCUUCCUCCACGAGCUGGCUCACGGCGUGCAUCUUCUCGGCGCCAAGUACGCGAUCCCCGGGUGGCAACGAGAUCUCGAACGCGCGUAUGAGAGCGUCAACAAGACGGGGUUAUGGAACGAUACGUACAGCAGGCAGUCGGCGGAGGAAUAUCUGG